GCUCGAGCCUGCAGGAACACAGUGUCAGGUAAGACGGAUCAUCACCUCAGUCUUCAAGGGAUGAAAGAUGAAGUUUGAAGGAUGGGCAACGAGACUGACUGUCGAGUUAACAACUAUGAAGUCUGUUAUUAGUCCGGUUCCUCUGCCUCAGCCGGAGAUCUCUACUGCAUCCAAAGGAUAAAACCAGGAGUGGAUUUACUGUUUUUAUUUCCUGGAGUUAUAACUGUCUUGAAUUCAAUUGACGACGCUUAAAAUGUGGACGACGGCAGCGGCUAGCAUCAUGUGUAUCCUUUUGGGUGAGUACAAAGUAAAAUAAACUUAGGUUAUUCUGUUUAUCUCUAGCCUUAUGAAUUAGCAUUUGUGUGAAACAAUGACAAUAUAGGCAUAGUAAAGCAAAAAACUUGACUAGUAUGGUGGCUGAGAACCGCCACUUCUGCAAAUAAAAAAAAGAAGUCACAACCAAAGUUACCAAUGCAAUAAAAAAGAAACUGAAGCCUGCUGCAAAUAAAAAAAAGAAACAGUGUAGAUUUGAAAAAAAAAAAAAAAGCUACAAAGGAAGUUAAUGAUGCAAAACAAAAGUGGUGAUGCAAAAAUAAUAAUAAUAAUAAUUAUUAUUAUAAUAAAAAGUUACUUACUGUGAAAAUAAAAGGCUCAAAAAAAAAAAGCCACAACAGAAGUACGCAGCUGGGUCCAUUAAUAAUGAUGCAUCAGUGUUUUACGAUCUAGGCACAGAAGACGACAGCAGUAGUCCCCGGCAGCUCACUUCUAUUGUGGCUUUUUUUAUUUUCAUCCCUUUAUUUUCGCAGUAAGUACCUUUUUUUUUCCAUUGCCACUUUUUUUUGCGUCGUUAACUUCUGUUGGGGCUUUUUUUAUCUGCACUGUACCUUUUUUUAUUUGCAACAGGCUUUGGUUUCUCUUUUUUGCACCGGUAACUUCCAUUGUGACUCAUUUUUUUCCUGCAUAUAUUUUUUCUUUUUUUAAAAAUUUGCACUAGUGGCAGUUCUCGGCCACCGUAGACUAGGGUCUCUAUAGAAACCAUGCAGAUGAACCCCGAUAUGCCACAUGUAUGUUGUUUCUUCAAUUUUCACACGUAAAGCACAAAAACAUUUUCACCCCUUUCAAAGUGGGAAAUUAUGAUUAAUGUCUUUUUUAAAUGCUUUUUUUUUUUUUUUUUUUUACAGGGAUCGUAGGUGAUGUGUAUUCACAACCCAAAUGGAUACAAAGAAAAGCUGUUCAGACUCCUGGCACGGCCUCCAGCCUAGAGGAAGACAUCCAAAGAGUUAUCAAUGAAAUCCACUCUCUAUCCGGUGAAAAUGCAAAUACCCGCAGCUUCAGCACCUCACAUACAAUGGGAGGUUUGGACUUAAAUGCAUAUUACCGUGCCCUGAGUGACUUGUACACUGUCUUUCAACCUCUGCUGAGAGACAGAUUUGUAGAUGACCUUCCCAAAACAUUAGUGUGUAUUUUAUCUGGCAAACAGGACUGCGGCCUAGAGGCUGAACUAACAAAGACUGUAUCUUUGGAGUUAGGAAAACCACUGCUGAACUUUGUGUCAUCUCUGCGCACAGAGUCCUGCUUCCCACUGAAACGUGAUGGAAGAUCAGCCAGCUUCCUCAAUACUUACCUCUGGUUCGGGGAAUCUGCAUCAGCAGCACUAGAUGAUUUUCAGGACACGUUUAUUAAUAUACUGUCAAAUUUCCCUCUUUCUGGGAAUUUGUUGGUGGCUGCGAGUGGGUUUAUGGAUGCAGGUGUAACAUACCUGUCAAACUACAUGGCAACUUUACUACAAGUACCCAUGGAUUAUAUCAGAAUAGCUCUGCAGUUUGGAAUUAGGGUACCAUCUUUAGAGGGGAAAGAGACCUGUGAGCAAGGUAAAUCAUUUUUCCUUUUUAUCAGUUCUUACUCUGUUUACAAUAGUGUACUGUAUGAGAUGCAGUUAAUUACCAAUUCUUCACACUGGCUCAUUUUUGUUUUAUAUUUCUGCAGGAGAUCUCAAGCAGCUCAUUAUGUGGUAAGUUGCCAGUAAAAAAAACACGAGCCCUUUAUCAUAUCAAAACUCACUUAUGGAGUGAAAUCAAUUCCCAUCUUUGAGACUAACACCACAAAAGUCAAAUUACUUUUUCCCAGGCCUACAUUAAACUUGCAGUUAAAAACAAGGGGAAAUAAAUGGAUAUUGUCAUCAAACUAAUACAGCCCAAAAAUCAUUAUUCUGGUCACUAGCCAGUUAUACCUAGGUGCUAUUAUGUGGAUGGAAAACAACAUUUUAAAAAGCAGUAAAAAAAAAUCUCAAAUGGUGGGGGGAAAUUUCAGAAUACAGAAAACUAAAGGAACAAUGGGUGUUGUGGUGAUGAAGCCAUACCAGGCUAAAAGAGAUAUCUGUUUUUAAACAAAGCUCAAAUGAUUAGUUAUAAAAGCGAAACAUGACUAAUAUUUCUUUUAUUUGUGGUGAAACUCUACAGUGAACCUUUAAUUUUAACAUAGGGCUGGGUGAUAAACCGAAAAUUUACGACAAUAUCUGAUGUCAUUUUGCCCAUGCCGAUUUAUUCGGUGUCAAGAAAAUACAUAAACAAAAACUUGGUUUUGGAUGUGUGUAGGUAGGCUAUGGUCUCAUGUCCCUUUAAGACGAUGUCCUACAUCAGAGACGUGACUCCACCCCAUCCAGUCCGUAACAAAGAGGGAAAGACAGGUGAGGAGAUGGAGGACGGUUCAAAGUUGUAGCGACUGAAAUAGACGAAGUUAACGUGGCAGAGAGUGAGCAGCUUGUGGAGUAGUUAUCGUCCAUUUAUCGUUAUUGAGGUGAACUGCUCAAUAUAUCAUGAUAUUGAUUUGAGGUCAUAUCGCCCAGCCCUAUUUCAACAUAUUUAGUAUAUUGAACUGUGUUGUUGUGAUGAUCUACAAUAAGGAUGUAUUGUCUCCUUUCAGGGGUAUUAACAACAAUGUGAGCUGGUCCUUCGGUGCCUCCAUCAUUGACAUCCUCCUGGAUAUCUUCCUCGCUCCUGAUCAGCCUCAGUGUCCAGGACCAGAGUGCACAAAUCCCUCCCGGGCCCCUUUCCAGCGCAGUGCCUCAGAGGCAAAAGACGACAUAGACAUCAACCAGGACAUCCUGCUCAAGUGCGAUCGCCACAAUCUGGCCAGGCUGAACGACACACUGUGUGCUGACAUCCUCACAGGUUCCAGGGUGGCAUCCUCAACAUAUGUGCUCACCUUUUGCCGAGAACUGAGCUCCCUGACUGCUGACCAGGUAGAGCAGUUGUGGAGCAACAUGUGUUACGUCAUUCAAGCACUGAUGUCUCCGCUCCUCAGCAGGUCGUCUGAAUGCACUCAGUCUCCGCUUGUAGUCACCCCUCCCUCCGAAACCGCCCUCUCACCUGGUGCUGCACCUCCUCGAGUAGCCAGAGAGGCGUCUAACCUCAAACUGCUGGCCUGUAACUACAACGCCUGGUUAGAAAAUGAAGUGGUGGAUCCCGUUCUUGUGUCCUUGUGCAGUGACAAUGAACGUGGGGAGUUUGUGAAGCAGGUGUGUAACAAUGCUCUGCUGAUGAGGAAGUUGCUGUCAGACCCGAUGAACGGCUGGUUGUACGGGUACUGUGCUAACUCUUCUGCAGACUCUGCGUACCUUGUGAGUCAGUUCUGUGUCUACGAGCAGUGGAUGGGGGAGCCCUCAGUCCCACUACUCCCAUCUUUACUGGAGUUCUGCAUGAACCUGGAUGGUACCCGACUCACCGCUCUCAUCUGUGAGCACACUGGGUUCUUCAUGCUUUUAUUCUCCAACCCUGAUAACGGACGGUUCAUGCCUAACUGCACAGCUUUGCCCUUUCCACCACCACUGCCUGACAUGAAUUCAAUCACUUCAGAGUCCUGCCGUUACUCAGAGUGGCGUGAUGUGACACAGAUAACCAUAGAUGUUUUGUCAGAGUGCAUCCGUCUUGACCAUAUUGGUUUCACCCAGGAAGUUUGCUCCAACAGAACUUUUCUGAACAGCCUCCUCCUCAAUAAGGAAAACGACUGGCUUGAGAAUCACUGCGAAGCUUCCCUCGAUACGAUACUCCCUGAGCCAACUCAGCCCUUUGGCAUCACCGGCUGGUGUGACUACCACACGUGGGGAGAGCGGCAUGUGGACGACUCAGUUGUCGGCUACUGCUGGCAGAAUGAUCAGCCGGCAUUUGAGAAGAAUGUCUGCUGCAACGUGUCAUUGUUUAAAAAGCUGUUAGAAAACCCUAAAAACAACUGGCUGAUGUUUUCCUGCGCGGACAAGGAAAUAGAAGAAAUUUCUGAGCUGCCACAGGUGAGAAGCUUUCUGUAACAGCAAAUUCAUGUAGAUAAAAAGCCAAAUCAUAUUCAGCAAGCAAUAUCCGCUGUUCAGAGGCCCUGAGCAAAAUUCACACACCUUCACAAAUCUCUUUGAUUAACAUUCCAUGACAGGCAAACAUACCUUUAUUUUGGCGUUUUUUCUCUUCUUACUUCUUACUUCUUUACUUCUUACUUCUUCUUCUUUCUUUUCUCUGCUCCUGAAGGAUAUGUCCUUUUUUGCGACAUUGUUUUUCCCCACAACUACCUGCGCUUUGGAUGCUCAGUGCACACUGCACAGCAAAAGGCACGUAACAGUAGCAGAGCUUUGACAUAUCGGCAAUAAGAAUCAUAGGCCUACAUCAGCAGCAGCACUAAAAUGUUUUUACUUUAUUUUUACAAUAAUAUGUAUUUGAUCAUACAGAAAGCAUCACUCAUACAUGCAAAAAAAAUAAAAAAUGUUUUUUGUUUUUUUUUGAUUGCUCUUGGGGGCCCCCCUAUUGGCCGUGGGGCCCUAAGCAGGCGCUUAGUUCGCUUAUGCCUUGGGCCGGCUCUGCUGCUGUUAUUAACAAAAAGCAGAUAAUACAUAAUAAUUAAUAAAAUAUCAAAUUUAAAUAAACCCGAGAAUUAUUUUAAAAGAAAAACAAUGAAAAUCCAGUUAUUGCAAGUAAAGUACUCCGGGCCUUUCAGGGUUGCAAAGUGGAAAAUCUGUUUUUAAGGAGCAGAGAGAGAGAGAGAUCACAUAUUUAAUUUAUCAGUCUUCAAAAAAAUAGAUGUCACAGGGUCCGGUGGUUAAAGUCUGUUGAAUUUGUCUCUUUUUUUCUGGAUUUGCAGCUAAUUUCUCCUCUCAUUAUUCACUCUUUUCCACAGUUACAGAGAGUCAGAGUGAGAUGAAAUGUUGUGUCAAAGUGUUUUUACUCUAAUGUGGUCCUGAUGAUUCCUUCUUCAGGUGUGCAAGUAUUCUGAGUGGACCCGCCCCGUUAUUGUAGACAUGACCGAACUGGCUCUCUGUGCCGAGACGGACCCACUCAACUUCACCUCCAAAGUCUGCGCCAAUGAAACAGUUCUCAAGAACCUGCUGGCCAAUCAGGACAACACCUGGUUAUUACAGCACUGUGCCAAUCAUACAGAUUCUGGGGUCCCCCCUGAUGACGGAGAGGGGCAGGGAGGAGGUGUGACUGGAUUCAACCCCGCAGAGCAGUGUCAGUACUCCAGCUGGGGCAUUUCUCUUCCUGAUGUAGCUCUGCUCACUCUCUGCUGGGAGCAUGACCAGACCAGCUUCAUCUCCUCUAUCUGCCCUGAUGCUGGGUUGCUCUUUCUGCUCUCCCGGGAGCCGUCCAGCACCUGGGUCGGCAACAUGUGUACUACAUACACCAACUACACAACCAACAACAACAGCUCCACUGCAGAGCCUGACAUCUGCCUGGCAAGAGACCUGGUGAAUCGGUUCAACUGGAGCUGCUCGGCUGAUCUCAACUCCGCUUGCCAGCCGGGAGCGAGUCAGAACACGGCCCUGCAAACCAUGGUGCGCUGCUGGGUGGAGAGUCUGAGGUCCAGGGUGGAGGAUCUGCUGCCUCCUCCUGUGGCCACUGUGUUGGAGCAGGCUGUCAGUACAACCGUAGUGUUCUUGCUGGCCCUGGAGGAGGUCAGGAACACCUCACUGCACGUCACAGAGAACAUAAGACUGAGCGUGCUGGCAUCUGUGGUCCGCUUUAUUGAGAAGGAGAAUAACUUUGAGAGAAAGGGAGUCCUGCUGCAGUGCUUUGGGGUAAGAAGUUUGAUUAGGCAUUUCCAGACAAGGAAAGUAUCGAGCUCACAGUGAUGGUUGAAGCUUUCAGAUUUGUUUUAUUGUGUGUUUUGAUUAUAUGUAACUUGAUAUUUAAAGCCUUGAUGACCGGAAGUCCGCUCUGAAAAGAUAAUGCAGUAUAUUUAAAGGCUCAAUCUGUUUCUGUUGAGCACAAUUCAUGACAGUUUUUCUAACUAUUCAUCCAGAUCAGUUACCAUUACGGUCAUUGUAUGGAAGCUGACCUGCAGAGAAAGACCUGCUCCCGGCUGGUGUUCAGUUACACUUCUGUCAUUGAUAGUGACAUGAUGUACUGUCUCCACUGAGUGUAAUCUCUACAGGCUUACACUUGAUUUGACAAUCAUCGUGUUGUAUCCUCUCCCAGAUUCAAUGAUACCAUCAGAAGCGGUGUAAGCAGUGUUUCGUCCCCGUGUUUAUUUGUGCGCUCUUUUUGUAGACGGUGUUAACUAGCCUGAUGCAGACAGCGAGGGACGUGACCAAUGAGGAAUCGUCCCUCAUAAAGGUGAGUUACACCAAACUUUAAAAAGAUUGUUGAACAGAUUUCAUGAAAUAUUUUUACACUUAUGGUCCCAACAUGGUCCGGUCUUUGGUCUAAAGUUUGCUGUAGACUUUCGUGGUACUCUGAGGAUUAUCCUUUACUAUCUACUACUGGUUCUUCAUAAGGAAAGUGUAUUUGUAUUUGUUUAUGUGUCCAGGAGUACUUCAGUAUACCACUGAGUAGACUGAGGUCAGUUCUGAGUUCAGCUCACAUCACCACUGUCAGACUGAUCCUGCAGUAUUAUAACAGAAACAAGGAUUCGCUGCAGGUGAAUACAAACCAACCACUUCACAACUCUGUACAACUCAUACUUAUCAGGCUAUAUAUUCUCACCUGGUUACAUAAUACACAAUCAAGCAGAGAUUGGAUUUUUUUCUAUUUCCCAGCUGCCCGACAAGUACCUGUCCACCAUGGUGUCAGUGCUGUUCCAGAAUCACCUGGUCAAAGAUGGCAGUCUUUUCCCCGAGGUUGCUCCCCUGCUGGCUGCAGCCACACCUGCUGAUAUCCAAGCUUUGCCUUCUCUGCAGAACAACAUCAAUGUGUAAAUGAUCCACUUUUCAAUUUUAUGUCUAAAUCUGUUUUUGUAAUAUGCUUUUUUGUAUUUUUAUAUUAUUUUCCAGCGUAUUAUAAUGCUCCAUUGAUCAGAUAGCUUAUCAUUCAAAUCUUGAGAACAUGAAAUCGCGUGAUGGAUUUAGAUGGUAUCCAAGUUAGUCCUUUACUAAAUAAGUAUAAAUCUUUUUUUCCUUUUAAUGAUAGCGAAAGGAAAAAGUGUGCCAGGGUCCCUAACAGAACCACUCACUGGAUUGAGUUUAAUAUUGAUCAGUGUGUGGGGAAAUAAUUCAUUUGUUAGGAUUUCUAAGCAGCAUCAUGUGUGGCAGUCAUGCUGGGACCAAAAAUGAUCAAAAAAUCCACCAAAAAAUGAAUUUCUGAAUGUUUACUAGAUAACUAAAACAUGAACUCUUCGACAUGUUGUUAUGUUUUUAUCGGUCCACAGUAUUCAUAACCACAACUUAUUUGUGUUUGCCACAAUAGCAUUUUUCCCCUUUCUUGCAUAUAUUAUGCCUCUUUCCAAGCAAAGCACAGGUGUAAGACGUUUGAGAAGUGAUGUGUCAUUGCACCCUGAGUUACCAGACACAUGCAUUAUACAUAGAAAGUAAAGGAAACUAAUUCCUACACUCUAGUAUGGGCUCUUAGUGGGUUUAGGUGUUUUCUGCCUGCCAGAGAAUGAGUCGUUGAACAUGGACUACAACAACAAAAACUCAUUCUGUCUUGACUGUGCUUUCUAUCUACUUUUUGUCUUUAUUAUCUGCUUAUGAGAGCCGCUCAUUUCAAAUUUAAUGAUCUGUGCAGGACAGUAAGCUCUUAGAUACUACAACCCAGCACUUAAGGUUAGAUAACAAGGUCGAGGACAAAAUCAAAGUGACUAAUUCUAAAUAAUUUCUGUUUUUGAAAACCUUAGCCCUGGUGUUUAUCCUGCGUCCUGUCAUGUCAUAAAUCAUCAAGUUUAGGAGACAUGACCUUCAAAUUUGUUUUGCAAAGUUCUGUAUUAAUCAAAAUAUUUACAAAUUUUCAGAUUUUUUUAGAGGAUAAUAAAAAAAGCACUAAUCAUAAUUUUUUUUCAUACUUUCCAGUCGAGACACCAUCAACAGAAACUUGGUGCACAUGACUCUGGAGCAGAGGCGAGCUUUUGGCUUGUGGUACAGCAAAUUUAUGUCUCGAUCCGACAUCACCAGAGGUCCACAGUCACUCAUCAGGGACGCUGGAAACCUGAUCGCUUACCUGCCCUUCCAUGACUUCCAACACUUUUCACCUGCUCAGGUAACAGCCCUCUGAGCUCUGACACCUGGCUGUGCAACUUUAGAGGCCAAGACUCUUUCAGUACUAUUAGCCCGAGGGUGCAGCAGAGCUCCUUGUCACAAACUGGUCAAAAAGCACCUCUGUGUCUGCGCUGUCCUGUUUCAUAUGCUUGGGGCUAAUGAUCAAUAAGUAACGACAGGAACUCAUGAGUUAUAAAUGAUCAGAAGACGGAAGCCUCCUGACCUAUUUACUCUUGCAUGGAUUUUAGAAGAAAAUGGUUGGAAAUGUGCUUAUUUGGCCAGGUAGUGCGUACACCUGUUUCUUACAGUCUUUAUGGAAAAGAUAAAUAAUCUGUAAAGUGAGAGUUUGAGGUUGAGAGGUGUUUGAAGAAAGAUUUUGUUACCUUUGGACAAAACAGAAUGAACUGUUUUCCUCUUUAUCAGCUGUGUUGUUAAGCUGCAAGAGCAAGUUCAGUAACACUUAACUUGACUCCUAUCUCUAUAAUGCAAUUAAAAUAUAUGUGUAAUUCAUUAUAAUCACGUUAUAGCACUGUAUAACUACACUUAUAAACACUCAUAAAUGAUCAUAAUGCUUUAUAGCAAUAAUCAUAACACAUUAUAAAGCAUUUUAUGAUGAUUGACAAGGUCAGGUAUUGAUGAUGUGUUAUAAUUUGCUUAUAAACUUGUAUAACUAUCAUUAUAAACACUUAUUCAUUAUCAUAAGGCUUUAUAACAAUAAGCAUAACACAUUAUAACACCUGAUCUUGUAAGUCAUGAUAAAAUGCUUUAGAAUGUGUUACGAGUUUCAUAUUUUACAUGAAGAUUGAUCUAUUAAGUAUUGAAUAUCAAUUCUCGAGGCCACUAUUCCUCAAAAAGAUACGAUAAGAUAUCAUCAUUAAUGUAAAGUGUUUCCUGUUUUUUCAUGUUGUCAAGCUUUCAUUUGUGCUUUGGGUGUGAGAACACGUUCAUUAUUUCCUUUUCUCCCAUGCCAUUUCGCCCAUGUGUUUAAUCUCACUGACUGUCACAUGUUUAUCUGUAGCUGUUGGAUGGUCUGGAAGUGUUGCAGAGAAACACCCUCACACCUCUAAAGCAGGAGUUCAUCUCUCACAGCCUCAUUAGCAGCUACAGAAACCUGACUGCACAGGAUUUUACCAGGUCAGUAAAAGACAAUCAAACCUCUCUUACUGUGUGAAAUGUUGAUAAGAUACUGGCUUAAUUCAAGUCCAUUCACAUAUAUGUCUGUGUGUUCUAUAGUUUCACUUCGUAGAUUGAAAUACAAAAGCCUUUGAUGGCUGUAUGCUCAACCUUUUAAGGAUAAAUAUGAGAAAUGGUGUGCAUACUAACCUUUUUGUUUGUAAUCGCAGGUUAGGUAAUCUUUCCUGCCAGGCAGAUUCAGAGGACCUCCUUGCGUAUAAAGGCACUGAUGCUUUCAGUGUCAUCCAGGACAUGGUAUUAAACUGCACACGUGCAGGACUGAGUCUACCCAGCCAGCUGGUAGGCACUGAAAAGCUCAUGUGCAUGAUCUGUAUGAUUGUUGAUAGGUGCGUUUUUGUCUCGCAGUUCCUUUAAAGGGGAAUAUUAAACGUAUACGCUGUCUCUGUGUUUGUUAUGAACCCUCCAUCCAGGUUUCCAGUUUGUUAUUGAACAGCGCAGAAUUAAAGGUCCCGUCCUCUCUCAGUUCUGAUCGACUGGCAGAGUUUGCCCAUCUUCUGCCCGCGCUUGGUGUGCCCUUUCUGCAGGGUCUCACACCGUCUCAGCUGCAACCUAUUCUACCGACCCUCAGCUCUAUUUCAUUCAGCCCUGCACAGGUAGAAGAGUGUACUCAACCUCAAACGUACAUUAAGUUGAACUUAGAAACCAUCCUCUGUAACUAGAAUUUAUUUUUUAUUCAACGCAUCAGUUUCUUCACUGAAGAGACUAUUUUUUUUUUGUGUUAAUAACCAUCACGUGUAAGUGAGUGGAGGACUUAGUUAAUGCCUGUCACUAUGUAAGACUCUGUUGUACAUGGUUGAUUUGCUGGCAGCUGGUGGGCCUGAGGAACAGCUGACAGGCAGGUUGAUCUUUAGCAUUCUGAGCUCUGAGGUGAGAUAGCUCAUGAGGUAAAGACCGGAGCUUAUCCCAUAUCCUCGGCUAUCACCUGAACUGAAGCCUUUUACUUUCACCUCAGCCCCACAGCUGUUGUCUAGCUUUUGUAUGUCACUGAGAGCUUUGAGGUGUACACCAAACUAAGAGAGAGGUGGUUUGACAGGUCCACCAUGACACAUGUUAUAGAGGUAGUUUGAACUUAGUUUAAAAUAAUGUUGUUGGUUUUAAUGGGUAAAAUCUAAUCUAUUUUCCUGUGUGUUUCCAGGCUUCUGUUAUUGUAGACAAGCUGUCGACUAAUAAUGCAGUAAGUUCUUCUUAAAACACAUGAGAAUACAAAUAAAAAUUUGAAGAUGUCCUCUGUGUUUUCACAACUUUGAACCCCUUUUUUUCUUCCCCUCCACCCAGCUGACUACAACAGAUCAGCUGGAGCAGCUUGGCUCCCUCAUUGUGGGUCUGAGGACAGAGGCCAUGAUGACCAUCACCUCUGACAGGCUGCUGUCAUCUGUGCCUGCACUGGCCCAGUACACACCAGGCCUCAACCCACUAAUAGCUUAUGCUGUUGCCACCAAGCUCUGGGUAAAAUACAAACGCACUCAAAGCAGACUGAAAUUUACAAGACGAUUUUAAAUACUUAAUAAUAUGUCUAAUUUUUUUGACAGAAACGGAAAGGUAUUGCAAACAGACAACAAAAAAACAGAAAACAAUAAUGAGCAUUGGCAAAUAAAUACUGUGAUAUAAUAAAAGAGAACAAUAUCUUGUAAUGCAAAACUUCCCACUGUAUGAUAAAUCUUUAAACGGGCUUGCUCCUUUUUAUCUCUCUGACGUUUUGAAACCCUAUAUUUCAUCUCUGACUCUCAGAUCCUCUGACCACUACCUUCUGACUGUCCCUAGGUCAAGAUUGAAGUCCAGGGUAUGACUGUGCCUAAGCUCUUGAAGGCUCUUCCUCUUCAUGUCCAACUGUCCCAUUUGAUUUUUAAAUCAAAUUGAAAACGCACUUUUACUCAUUGGCUUUUAACUCCUGAGAACUUGGCCUUUUAAUCAUGUUUUUACUCAACCAUCUAUGUCCCCCUGUUUUUAAUGUGUUCCUGUGUCUUUGUUUUAUUGUUCGUGUUAAUUGUCUGUUUUUUUAUUGUUUUUUAAUUUUUACUGAACAGCACUUUGGUCAGCGUGCUUUAUAACUAAACCUGGAUUUGAUUCGAUUGGAAUGUAAGAAAAAAAACAAACCCCUCUCUUGUUAAGCGGUCUUUGUGAUUAAUUUUUGCUGUUUUCUUGAGCAGGGCUUCCCAGAGGUGGUGCUUUGGUUGGAUGACGUGGACCCUCUGCUCGCCUGCACGCCUCUGCUCAGCGUCCUGCCCAGAAUUCCUCUGCUAGUCCAAAAAAUCACCUCUACAUCCACAAAAUCAUGGAACACACAGCAGGUAUGACACACACCGACACAGGAUAGAAACCACUGGACUUUUUCUGUAUAAAAUAUGUUUGUUAAACUCGUUCACAGUGUUCAUAUGCAUGACUGUUAUUAAGUCAAUAAAAAAUAUGUCUGAAAGGUUUACAAACUAGAAAGUGUUUAAUAUUUCAUAUGAAGAUUGAUUGAUUUGGGAAUCCUUACACAUGAUUGUGAGUUAGGGGUAGAAAAAUAUUCCCAGAAAAAAUCUAACGUUUGUUUUUUGAACUUUCAUUUGACUUUAGGAAACUAUAGUCAAAAUUAGGCAACUAAAGCUGCAUGUGUAAAAGAAUUAAAAUAACUGCUGCAUUUGAGACCGUUGUGAUUUAAUGACUGAUAAUGUAUCAGGAGAAGAAAUAUACACAUAUUAGUUUUGACUAAAAGAAACAAUAACACACACAAAGGCUCCAUGGUCUUAAGUCUACGGUCUCCACCUUGUGUAAUGAACUCUUUGUGCUUCCUUUAAUUAGAAAUGCUUCAUCUGUUUGUCUUGCUGAGGUGUGUAUGACAGUAUCUUGAUAAGCUGCUAAAUUAUUAAGUGAAGAAGCAAGAGCAAAGCGCCAUCGUCACUGUUACUGUGAAUGUAUUUGCCUGUAAAUGCAAACACAGACACACCUCCUCAUCAUAUCAGAUUUCUGGGUCUUCUGUUCAUACAAACUGUGAAAAAAACAGCCCAGGGCCUGCAUGAAGUAGGCUUCAAUGCUCAAAUAAAUCAUUUUGUACCUUUUUCUCUCCAGGCCAAAGCCAUUUUUAAAGUGCUGCAUUUAACUAAACCAAACCCUACCAGCCAGGAUCUUGUGUGAGUACAAAGUCUCAGCGCUAAAUCAUCGUCCCUUUUAAACUGCUGUAACAUCUCUGUCUCUCUAAUGAUGUAUUUGGCAAAGAUAUAUGUUUGUAUUAACAUUUUUUACACUCACUUCUUGAUGUAACCAGGAGUCUGGGAACAGUGGGUCAGGGUGUGAGCUGUGAGGUCUUACAGAAACAUUUCAGGGCUGAUUCCUCACCAUCUGCAGUCCGAGAAAUCCUGCUCGUCCUCAGACAGCAGCCCAGUCCUCUUCAUACCUCACUGGUACACUUAACCUGUUAAACUGAUGCUCUAUACAGCCUUUGUGCUUGUGAUAAAUACUGUUACCUGUAUACCUUUUGUCAUUUGUCUGUGAUCUUACGGACAGAAAAGGUGUGUGAUCGAGCGGCUGUAUCAGUUUGAGUUCUUCUCUGAGCUUCUGAAAGAUCUGGGAGCUGAGAUCGCCCUGUCUAUGCCGUAAGGACCCAUUUCCUUGUUCUGAAAAUGUGAAGACUUGAAGGAUGGGGUGAUAAAGUCUACUUUUCAUUAGUUAAUAGACUUAAGGUGUUUCUUCUUAGGGUUAUUAUCAGAUGAAUCUAGAUAAAUGAUAAUUAAUUACAUGAGUCAUAAUUAAAUGACUCACAUACAUAUCUUUUUUUUAACUCAAAUUUUCUUUAUCAUUUCAUUUUUCUCUUUUUGUACCUAUACUGUGUUGCUCUAAAUUUGAAAUUCCCCCCCAUGGAACUAUUAAAGAAACAUCUUAUCUUAUCUUAUCUUAUAAUUGCAGGGCUAUUUUAUCUCAUGAAACGACAAGGAUAACAUGUUAGAAACUUAAAUACCACAAUAUGUACGUUCUCAUUAAGGAAGACAAGUGUUAGUCUUUAACAUGACUAUGAAACAAACUGAAACAAAAACAACCUCCCUCUCGACAUGCGUGUUUGAGUCGGAACAAAUUACAAAAGGCCUUUAACGGUUGUUUUUAAGUACUUAUAGUAUUUAUUGACUUUGUGAUCAAAGUGCUCUAUGUCAUUUUGUUCUCCUGUGUUUGUGUUUUUGCUUUCAGGGUGAGCACCAUCAAGAAGUUUCCUGAAGAUAUGAUGGACACCCUGAGGAGGAAGAUUAUUAAGGACCCUCAGCACUUCCUCAUGCUGUCGAGGACUAAACAGGAGCUGCUGGUGGACAAGAUGGUUCAGAGGAUGGUCAGUAGAGCUAACGCUGCAAUGUCCCUCUUUUGUUGUUUUGAUGAAACUGUGAGUUGAUGCACAGAUGGUUUGUUGUUUUGUGGACCGUUUCUGUGCAGGGCAUGUACACAGGGUUGUUCACUGAGGAGGAGUUUAAUUCUCUGGGUAUCAUGGCACCGUUUGUGGUGGAUGAAGUUUUCAUUCAGCUCGACCGCAGCUUCUUCACUGAGAAUCUAGAUUUCCUUCAGGAGCUCUGCUACAGUAGCAGCAAGAUGGAUAUUGUCGCCCGCAUCCUUCAAGAUCCCGCAGCUUUUGGGUAACAGACAUCUCAAUGUAAAGUUUUCGUUGUUAGAGGCAAUAAUGUAAAAGUAGAUGAUAUACUUUGUUGUUACGCAUGAGCAGAAAGUAUUACCUUUAAUGGGAAAUCCUUUGCUUUAAAAUGUGAUUAAACACUAGUAUUAUAACAGAUACAUUAAAACUUCAUAGAUGAAUCUAAUUUAAAAAAUCAAUCAUGAUGUAACCGUUCCCAGAAAUUCCUAAAUUUGUAUUUCAACUAAAAAGAAGAAAUAUUUUAAGUGGUGUUACAAUUUUCAACAAGUUCUUUUUGUUGUUUUUAUUUAUUAAUUGAUUCAUUCACUCAGUGGGGCUUUCUGAUAAUAAAGUCUAAUGAAAAUUGUGGAGGAAUUGUUUCAUAUUUGAGAGAACUAUGGAAAAAUCGUGACGUUUUUUUUCCCCUGUUGUCUCACAGUCCGGUCAAAAACUGGAAUAAAACAACAGUGAGCCAAGUAGACCGCUUCCUCUUCUUCCUGCCUGAGGCCACACUGCAGGAGAUUCCUCUGGUGAGUUCAUGGCUGUAUUUUCACAGAUUCAUCUGACGUCCAGUAUUCUACACUGAGGUGUUUGGAUUGUCACUCAAUCCCACGACAGGUUAGGCCAACAAAGGCUGUAAGUAAACCCUCAGGUGUCACAUCUCCAGCAGGUGUCAGGAUCAGGUGGUGAAGUUUCCUGUUCCUCAGAAACACCAGUGUGUGUGUGUGUGUGUGUGUGUGUGUGUGUGUGUGUGUGUAUGUCUCGCUACAUGUGUGUUUUUGUCUGUGAUCCCUCAGGCGUUGAUGACUACAGGUAGUAUAGAGAAGCUGUUUAUGAGCCAGCGGCGGUGGGAACGAGGGAAUGUGGGGAUCCACUGUUUAGAUGAGAGGGAGAGGAGGAGAGUUUUUGAGAGGCAGCAGUUUGUUCUUCAGUUUUUCCUGGGCUUCCUCAAAAUACAUCCUUCAUCACGUGAGCAUCAUUUAUGUAUCUCAAAUCUCUGAAACAAACAUAAUAAAGAGAAUAAAGUGCAAAAUACAUGAUAUUGAGGCUGAAAGGAAGCUUUCACAGCAUUUCUGGAUAAAAUUUACGGUACAUUUCUGUGUCCUUCACCAGCAACUCCGAUGGUUCCAACCUGUGAGAUCCUGCGCACCACAGCCCCCUCUGCCUGGCCCUCCAACAGUCUGACCAGUAUGUCUCCAGCAGCCUUCUCUAAUUGUCUGGAGAUGAUUGGUCAGGACCCGUUUGUUGCAUCCUACCAGCGCAGCCAGGUGCUGAAGAGAGUCAAACAGGUCAGUUCAUCAGUUUACACACCAGUCCUAGUAACCACCUCUUUGACGUGUGUAAUUCAAGUCUAAAAGAGGGUAGCUCCUCCUCUAUAUGGUACUAGUUCUUCCCUGUAUUUCUACUCUAUCCUUAUAUGCAUCUCAUGGCAUGAAUUGACCCAACAUGUUGGUGGGUGUGUGUGUGCAGAUGUAUGGCCCAGUCUCCUCCUUCUCCCAGUCUCUGAUCGCUCAGCUGGGUGGGAUAGCGACAGAGAUCUCCACGGAGGAGCUGAGCAGUCUCAGACUCACUGAACUAAAGAGCAUCGCAGCUUUGGGUGCAGUCAGUACCUGGAACAACAGACAGGUAGCUGAACUGGUUAAAGUUAUAUCUGGAUUGUGUAGAUUUCUGACAGAUUCUGAGGUUUUAAAAUGUUUGUUGUAGAUAAAUUUCUGCCGUAAUCAGACCACAUCUACAGUCAUGAAUGAUGGCUAUCUGAUAAAAAAAAAAUCCUAACUCUUGUUUCUGUCCUAGUUGGCUGUUCUGUUUGUCACCAUUUUAAACUCCACCAAGCAAAGUCCCAGCCAGCUGGACUCCAGUACAUUUGUAGCGAUGGGAUACAUUGUUUGUGGAGCUAAAACCACGGAUAUAAAUUUGUUUAACGCUGUAGAGUUCAGGUGAGCAGACAAAACACUUUCACACCCACAUUCUGUCUGUGAUUCAUUAAUACUGAACGGUGACAGUGACAUCCUCUCCUGGUACUGUGUCUCUCCCUGCUGGCUGCAGCAAAGCAGUGCUCUGGCUAGGUCAGCUGAGGUUAUCCUGCUCUGAGGAUCAGCUGCUGGCUUUUGUCCGGCUGCUGAGUCACAGCCUUGCCUUUGGACCUAUAAGUUCAUGGGGGACUGAUGUGUUCAUUGAGAUAGGAGUUUUUGCAGGUAUGAGAUUCCGUUUUGUCACGUAUAUUGAUUUUUUUUUUUUUUUAAAUGCUAUAUUGAUUGUUGUGCUGUUGUCAAAAAGACAGUCACUUCAUAAAUUCAAUCCAACAUAAAUUUCUUUUGUGUAUGUCAAAUCCCACGUGUUCUCACAACUAUGAAUAAAUCCAUCUUGGUUGUAGUAAUUAUGGUCUAAGGCUGUAUAAAAGACUCACAUAUAUAAGGCUGUCACUUGAACCAUGUUGAACUUUUCUCAGCGGGUCUCCCAGACAUGGCUAUGUCAGCCUUGGUCAAAGAGCAGAUUGAAGGUAUCAUACCUGGGGCCAUCUUGAUAAUACCAGCUGAUAAAUUUGCUGUAAGUUGACUAUUAAAUUAAUUAAGUUUCCACGUUACAUUUUUCACAAGCUUAAAUGAUUAAAACUUUGGGUGGUAAUCAUUACAGUUUAUCACAGGGGUCCACAAUGUACUAGUUUAUGCUUACAUGAUUCAUUCACCGAAUCUCUCUCUCUCUGCACAUCUCUCUAUUCCUCUGUUUUCCCUACUUAUUUUAUUUUUCCUCAAGGUGGUGUUUAACCAGAGACAUAUCGGCAUGUUCUUUUAUGAGCAGGCAGCUGCUGUGACUGAGGAGCAGCUGUCUGCCAUGUCAGACGUUCAGAGAACAGCUCUCGCUAUGGUGCUGACACCCUGGGAGGCACGACCUGUGGACUUUAGAGGUGAACCACUAAAAGAACACAUUUUUCACCAUGUAAAUACUUAAUUUAACCAAAUUAAACCACAUUAAAUUGCCAAAUUAAAUAUACACAAUGAGGUGUUGAAAUCAGUAAAGUAGUAGGUGUGCUGAGUCCCUGCCUGUGCAGGACAAGUUAGAUAAACCAUGAUGAACACAGAGACACUACUGUGGAAGACUAUUACAAAUUUUGGUUUAUUUGGUUUAUAAGCGCAUGUCUCAUAAAGAUCUAACCAAAGGGUUGCCAUCAACUUCAAUCCAUGUGAAUUUCCACAGUACAGUAUGUAUCUUAAAAUAUUAUACAAGGAGUAGAAACCAUUUGGAGACACAAUUGAAGCAAUGUUGUAUCUGAUGGAAUCAAUCUGGUGGAUCUUUAAGUUUGUGGGAGUUUUAUUUAUCAGUAAUCUUUGAGAUGUGAUUAUGAACUUUGUGUGAGCUUUCUGUCUUCUUUAUUUAUAGUAGAUGUGAGACAGAAAUAAUCCUCCAACAGUUCACAACCACCUAAACAACUGAAGCACAUGUAAUGACAUACUCAGAAAUGUGUUUCACAGAGUGAGAUAUAUCAUGUUUUGUGUUUUACAAAGACUGCUAACAGGGAUCAUAUUUUGCAUGGCUCUACAUUUGUGAUGGUUUCACUGUGUUUCUGUAGGGAAGUCACUGGGGUUGGCACUGAGCCACAGUCCUCUGUGUCUCAUACUGGGACUGCUGAUGCUGCUGAUCAUCCUACCCUGCCCUGCCCUGACCUGUCCCGCAACAUGA